AUGUCCUUCUUCACGGACGACCCUACGUGGCUGGACUCUAUUCCCUCCGAGCUCGCCCAGGGGGCAGCGGACCUGACCUGCUGCAGCUCUCGUCUUCUGACCUGCCUAAGCGCAAUGGGAAGACGGGGAGUCAGGGUAAUGAAUAAGUACACACUGCUCCUGGAAGACGUGCAGCCGGAGAUCUUCAACAACAUCAUGGAUAUUGUCUUCCAGUCGCCACGGAAGGUGAAGAUGAAGUUAAUCAGUGUGGAGUCGGAGUGA